AUGUCGUUGACUGAUUCGGCUGCGGUCGAUGUGGCUCGCAGCGCAUCGCUUGCUUCUCGUCACCUUGCAACACUUUCCAAUACCGCCCGGAAUGACGCAUUGACAGCCCUCUACCAGGCUCUGGACAAGAACCGAGAUGUAAUUUUGGCUGCCAAUGCCAAAGAUGUUGAGGCUGCUACGCGGGCGGCCGACAGUGGGAACCUUAAUCAUAGUGUGCUCAAACGACUUGACCUUUCCCGGGCCGGCAAAUACGAUGACAUGCUAGAGGGGAUUUUGAGUGUACGGAACUUGGAGGACCCGGUUGGCAAAGUGACCCUACGGACCUUGUUGGAUGAAGGCCUUAGCCUGGAGCGAGUCAGCUGCCCUAUCGGUGUUCUGUUGAUUAUCUUUGAGGCUCGCCCAGAGGUGAUCGCAAAUAUUGCUGCGCUAGCCAUCAAGUCGGGCAAUGCUGCUAUCCUGAAAGGUGGAAAGGAAUCUAUGGCAUCUUUUGUGGCCAUCGCGAAUGUUGUCUCGGAAGCCAUUGCCAGCUCCCAAGUGCCCGUAUCAUCCAUCCAACUGGUCAAGACCCGUGACGUGGUUUCCUCCCUUCUAGCCCAAGACUCGUUUAUUGAUCUUGUCAUUCCCCGAGGAUCCAAUGAGCUGGUUCGCUUUGUGAAAGAGAACACUAAGAUCCCAGUUCUUGGCCACGCUGAUGGUCUCUGCUCGGCCUACAUCCAUUCGGACGCUAAUAUAGACACGGCUGUGAAAGUCGUUGUGGAUUCCAAGACUGAUUACCCCGCGGCCUGCAACUCGCUUGAGUCCUUGCUUGUCCACGAAGAUCUUCUGGAAUCUAUCUUUCCAGCGGUUGCGAAGGCUCUCAUCGACAAAGGUGUCUCCCUUCGCUGUGAUAUGGCUUCAAGGGCAGCCCUGACGAAAACGCUUCCGGCUGAUCAAAUCGCGCAAGUGCAAUUGGCUACGGACGCCGACUACAACACUGAAUUCUUAGACCUUGUGCUGGCCGUCAAGACCAUUUCUGCUAGCAGCCACCCAACCGCGGCCGUUGAGGCUGCCGUUGCGCACAUCAAUGCGCACUCGUCCAAACACACUGAUAUUAUCUUGACCGAGUCCCGCGAGCUGGCAAAUCUGUUUAUGAAUGCCAUUGACAGUGCGGGUGUCUUUUUGGAACGCAUCGACCCGGUUUGCGGAUGGAAUGAGAUUUGGGUUUGGAACAGAAGUGGGCAUUAG